AUGAAGUUCAACUUCCCCUCCAAGGUGGUUAUUGGUUCCAAGUGGGUCAAGGCAGUUCCUGGUCCAGGGCACUACCACAUCAGAGGUCAGUUUGAGAAGCCUGUGAACUCCAGUGGCAACAUGGCAAAGAACACGUGCCCCUUCCUGUCUCAGACUGAGAGGUUUAGUGAGGUGAAAGAAGUGUCGCCCCCUGUUGGUUCAUACAGUGACCCACGCUGUGCUAUGGAGCUGCUGAAGAAGACUCCAGAGGUGAAGAAAAGCCCAUUUGGUGUCACUGCAGUGCGCUUCUCUCCUAAUGACCGUAUCUGCUCCACACCAGGUCCGGGCUCCUAUAACGUGUUUGACCAUGGCUUAGCCCAUGACAGUUUUAAGAAGGCAUUUUAGAAAGAACCUUGAAGGGAGGCUUCGGCUCCUCUGCUCAUCGCACAUUCAUCUUCCACACAAGGAAUCAAUACAGGCUCCA